AUGCUACCGCCGUUCACUGCUGCAGUUCGCGAUGGCCCCACCUCGAUUCCAACACGACCGCAUCGCUUCGAGGACAACCGCGUACGCAACUGCACCGUGCCCCCAUGUCGUUUUGACUCUACUAUAUAUGCGAAGAAAUGUCGAAAACACACAGAGAUCAAGGGCAAUUAUCGACCACAAUGUACCACAACAACCCAAUAG